UUUUACAGAUGGAAGGUGGGGGCCAGCUCCUGGGAGCACUGCAGGCCAUGGAGUGCAGCUGCGUGAUUGAAGCUCAGGCCGUACCUCGAAGUAUCACUUGGAGGAGGAGGACAGAGCUGGUAGAGGAUGGAGAUGACUGGGUGGAAGAGCCAACAAUCCUGGUGUUGGUCCUGGCAGAGGUCUUCAUGUCCAUGGUCUACAACUUAAAGCAGGGAAGUCCUGGCAGCACUGAGAAAGGAAAGGAGACACUUCGGGGCUUUGUAACUGAUAUCACAGCAAGGACAGGCAAAGCAUUGUCACUGGUAAUUGUGGACCAGGAGAAAUGCUUCAGGGCUCAGAAUCCCCAGAGAAGGAAAUCAGGAAUGGCAAAUAAACAGGCCAAAGGGAAGCAUCAGCAGAGACAAGAGUCUAGCACAAGGCUCAUGGUGUCCAGGGUAGACAUGGAAGAGGCACUGGUGGAUCUGCAGCUAUAUACAGAAGCCCAGGCUCGGGUCGUGCAGAGCUGGAAAGAGCUGGCUGACUUUGCGUGUGCAUUUACAAAGGCUGUGGCUGAAGCACCCUUCAAGAAGCUCCGGGAUCAAGCCAACUUUUCCUUCUUCCUGGAGAAAGACUGGGCUGGAGGGAUCAAAGUGGAUCGGUCUGGUAGGGGACUUGCACUGAUCUGGAGGCAGCAGAUUCAGCAGCUGAACCGAGUCAGCUCAGAAAUGGCCAGUGCUAUUGUGGAUGCCUAUCCCUCACCACAGCUCCUGGUGCAGGCUUAUCAGCGGUGUUUUUCUGAGCAAGAACGCCAGAAUCUGCUGGCUGACAUACAGGUGCGACGUGGGGAAGGUGUGACAGCCACCUCCCGCCAUGUUGGGCCAGAAUUAUCCAGGCGGAUCUACCUUCAAAUGACUACAGUGCAACCAGAUCUCAUCUUAGACAGUGUUGACUGAUAUCUCACCUUGGCAGGGCAGCAUGGUACCUGACAGCAGAGGGGCCGGAAGUACCUCCUAGGUACAGCUAGGGAGCAAGUCUCCCAGCUCUGGGAACAGAGAAGGCUGAGACACUUGAAACUACCUCCACCAGCAUUUACUGUUCCUCUCCCAGCAAGCACUGGUAUGCCAUUGACAGCCAUCCCACCCCGUCCCAGUUGACCCUCACAGCACACAGGAGAAAGGCAGACCACUCAGACACGGAUUUAAUAAUUGUAGAAAUCCAAGAAAUAAGCAUCAAAUCUCGAAGUCAGAGUGAACUCUUGCCUGCGGGUUGGCUCGACUAUGCCCAGCCACUGAGCUGCCUCAACCAGCCAGAGAACUAUGACGAGGCUGACUUCUGUUUUCAUGAUGUCACCAUAUGUAGUAUGUAUUUUGUCUCAAUAAAGCAUUUGUACCAAUGGCUCUGGAGCUUGGAGGAAGACUAAAGGAAUGUGUAGUGAUGCUGAGCAAGGUGUGGACCUACGUGGCAGAACUAUCUGGGGAGGAAAAAACAAAGGCCUUUCUUCCA